GCUCCUUGUUAGCGUUGGUCAGCCUACAGACUCGUUGGCAAACCAUAGUUUCGCGUUGGUCAGCCCCUUUGUUGUAGCCGACGGACAGGCGUUGUUUGGGUGGUCCCGCAAUGGAGUUUCCCGAGGAGGUGGUCCCGAUGGCAAGGAUACCAGUGGUUAGUAAUAGUUCCGCCAGUAAUUAUUAAUUGCUUAGAGAUAAAAUGAAUAUGUUUAGUCGCUCAUUAUCUGUUGCUAAGACACACUUAGGUCAGGCACACACUAAUCUGAACAUGGAAAGUGAUAAGAUAGUUAAUUCUGAAGAAUUUAGCAUGAGAGAUAUAGACAGAAAUUUGUUAGAAUGGAAUAAAUGGAAUAUACCAAUUGAAAGAACUGAUAAAAUCUACAGACAGACUACUUUUUCUAAAUUAUCUUUUUUGACAGAUUACACCAUAAAAACUGUUGAAAGAACUUACUCUUUAUUUAAUGAAUAUGAAACAAUUCAGUUAUUCUCAGUAGAUUCAAUUGACAGACAUAGACAGAAAUAUGCAUUUUUACAUGUUGGUUUAGUUCAAGUAGCUGUUAAACCAUUAACAAGAGAAGCUUUAAAUGCAAGUGUUUUACUUUGCUUAAGAGAUGACAGACAUUUAAGAUUUGAUGACUCACUUCUUGGAAUGAUGGAAACAAGUUUACAUAAAGGACCAGUAUAUUUUAAUUGUUAUCCUAACUUUGCUUUAAGCCUUUCUGACAGAAAUAUUAUGGAUGCCUUAACUUUAAAUGUAAAAACAAAUGGUUAUUACAUGAAAGAAGGCUCAGAACCUUUAGCUAUUAUUUAUAGGAUUUAUUAUAAACUAAUGAAAACCACUUUAGACCCUGAAUCCAUAGUUGACCCUUCCCCUAAAGGACAGACUCUCCUUUUGCAAGCCUCAACCCGGAAUACUAGAUUGCGGGUACCUCAACAAAUACAGUGGAAAGAUAUAACCCUUCCUGAAAGAUGGCAACUUGAAACUAUUGCCCCCACACCAAAAAUAGAAAACACUGAACCAGACUUCAUAGCCCAAAAUAUAGAUGGUACAGUUAUUAUUUCUUUUAACAAUAAUGACAGACAUACUGAUAGUCUCAUAAGACCUAGUAGUUCUACAGGCAGAAAGACCCCAAUGAUGUUUACCCCUAGAAGCUCCUUUUCCUCUAGGACACCUUUCUCUGAUUCCAGACCUUUACCUCCUCACAAUCUUCCUCCAGUUAUACACCUUCCCCCUAUAAAUACUAAGAAAACCCCUAUUCAGACAGAGCCAGCUUAUUAUCCGACAGAUACCACACAACCUACCCCUAAUGUUCACCAACCUCUUUAUCAACCCCAACCUCAGCCUGAUUCUCCUACCCACACAGAUAUAUUAGGAUUUACAGAUGAUAGACAAAUUAAUGUGUUAUCUAAAGAAUUUGUUUUAGAUGAAGAACUACUAAAAUAUGAUUAAUUAAAACCUGAAAAUAAUGACAGAAAGAACCAAAUUUUUGAAGAAUAUAAUGAACAUGAAAGAACCAAUUUAAGAACUAAGUAUUUUGAAAUGAUGACAGACUUACAGACACACUUUAGUUUCUUUGACUUUUUGGACUAUCAUAACAAAAAGAUAAGUGUGAUAGAGAAAAUAUUAUCAUGGACAAAGACAGAAAAUCAUGAGAAAGUGUAUCAGACUUAUCCACCAUUUGAAUCAAUUAUAUUGAGUCAAAAUAGUGGAGUCCAAGUUUUGGCUACACCUAUUAAAAGACCCAGUCUAAGUGAUGAUAAUAAGAAUCUAGACAGUAUAAUUCAACAGAACAAUUACACCAAUACUUAUCUAAAAACUAUUGGCCAAAAGUUACAAGAUAUAGAAGACAGACUAAUACCCCUUUCUACUUCCAUAAAAAAAGAAAACACGUCCAAUACCCCUUUAUUUAUCCCUCAUGAGAUACCUCCUCACCUUAGAGCACCUUUAAAGAAACCCAUGACAGAGAAAACUGAUAAUUUACUUAAUGAAAUAAAUAAAAAAAUUAGACUUAAUGAAACUAGAAUCAUCAAAGGAUAUGGAGCCAUUAAAAAAUAAGAAUAUUAUAACAUUAAAUACAAAAGGAAGAACUGACUCUUCAGAGGAUGAAGAAUCAGAAGACAAUCGAUUGACAGAUU